UGAGAAUGAUGGUGAGAAUGAUAUAAAUAAUGGCAUGAAUGGUGCGAAUGAUCAAGUAAAUAAUGCGAAUGUUAUGAUUGAUGGUGUGAAUAGAGUGAAUGAUGAUGUAAAUGAUAGUGUUAACAAUAAUAUGAAUAAUGAUAUGAAUGAUAUGAAUAAUGGUAUGAAUGAUGCGAAUAUUGUAAUUGAUAGUGUGAAUAAUGUGAAUGAUAGUAUAAAUGGUAUUAAUGGUGGUAUGAAUAAUAGUAGUGAACAAAUGAGACAAGAGAGUCGAUUAACUAAUGAUGAGCAAGAAAUGCAACAUGCCAAUAUUUAG